GCCCCCUAUUUAGGUUAGGGUAAAAAAUAAAAAAAAUAUCUGAGCCGAAGAAUGGAAAGAGGGCUGAGUUUAUAACAAUAACUAUCCUUAACCAAAUGUGUUCGCAAAGCUGCCUCAGACAGACAGAUCAGAGUCUUGAAACAUAGACAUUGUGAAGAUGAGUAAAAAACCACCUAAUCGUCCAGGAAUUACCUUUGAAGUUGGUGCUAGAAUUGAAGCUCAAGACUAUCUGCAGAAAUGGUAUUCGUCUCGGAUUGAGGAAAUUGAUUACGAUGAAGGAAAGAUGCUCGUCCACUUUGAUCGGUGGAGCCAUCGGUAUGACGAGUGGAUUGCGUGGGACAGCACUAGACUGCGGUCUCUUGAAAGGCCAUCGCUCCGCAAAGAGGGACUGAAGGAGGAAGAGGGGGAGAUGACUGAGAGACUCAGCGAGAUGUCAGCAUCUCGCCUUGAUGAGCUUCCUGGCUGUACAGAGAGCACAGAGGACCAAACAGAGUUACCGCAGCCGAGACAAGAAUUGAGAGACGGCGAAGAGGUGCUUGCUCGAUGGACAGAUUGUCGAUACUAUCCUGCAAAGAUCGAAUCUGUAAACAAAGAGGGUACCUACACUGUGCAGUUCUACGACGGGGUUAUUCGAUGUGUGAAAAGAAUUCAUAUCAAAUCCAUGCCGGAUGAUGCAAAAGGACAGAAGGACUGGAUAGCCCUGGUGAAAGCUGCUUCAGCUGCCGCCAACAGCAAAGGAAACAACAAGCCUCGUACCAGUGCCAAUAGCAACAAGGAGAGGGAUGAAGCUCCCAGGGGACGAUCGGACGAUGAAGAGGAUGCCGACGAAGAGCCCGACAAUGGAGAGCAAUCUGACUCGGACAGACUGGAUGGCAUGGAUUCCGAUGAUGAUGAGAAAGACGCUAAGGUCUCUUCGGAGCAGCGAGACGUUCUGAGGUCCAGCCGCAAGAGAAGCAGACAAGAGAUCUCGUUACGUAACCACAAGAGGGCCCGGGCCUCUAAAACCACAGGGUCUAAUCAAGAUGAUUCUCACUGUCAGGAGGUGCAGACUGACAGCCCCGUAGUGUCCCAACAGCAGAAGGUGCCCGCGGCAGCAGAUGAGUCCAUGCAGGGACAGUCCCAGGGACAGCCUGGGUCCUUUGUAACUGGAUCGCCAGCCAAGUGUCGAAACAGGCGCCUGAAACACCCCUCAGGAGAGUCCAGCAGCAGUCAGAACCAGAAGCAGUCCUCCAGGCAGCCCAGCUUUGUCGCCACGCUGUCCACUGGGGAGGACACCAUGUCAGCUCCAGAGUCCAUGCUGAGUCCCUCGGCCAGCCCCAGACACAGCUGUCCCGACGUGGCUCCCUCAGGGCACGGCGAAGCGGUUCCUCCGGCGUCCCCCAGGAGCCCCGAGCGGAACCAGAGAAGGAGGCGUUCCCAGCGCCUAGCAACGGUCAGCUCUGACGUGACCUCGGACCCCACUGUGACCGCGAGCCCCGCCCACUGCCCUGACUCCUCCCCCCACGGUCACGGCAAUGAUCAGAACAACCCUCCCACAGAGCCCUCCCCCACAGAAGACCGAGUGGCGAGCUCUUCAGAGAGGGUGGAGUCGUCGACCCUUCACAAUUACUGUGCUGCCGUGACGCCACCCACGCCCCCAUCCUCUGCCUCCAUCCUCACGACGUCCCAUCCGCCAAUCACACACGCAGACCAGACGACUGAUGGACCACUAGCCAAUGUAACGCCGGCGGGAGACAAACUCCCGCCCUUAGCCGCAGCCCCUGGUGUGAGAACUGCCACAAGGACCUCGAAGUUGAACAAGCACACCAGGGAGCCUAUCAUGAACACUAAGCGUUCUGAAGACCCAACGUCUCCCAGUGACCUGGACCACUACAAGUGUAAGAUCCUCGGGUGUGCCAAGGCCUUCCGCAAAGCCAAGCUGUUGGACUACCACCUCAAGUAUUACCACAACGCCGACAAAGACCUCCAGGACUCUGAGCCAACGGUCUCCCCAGACAGAGGGGGCCGUACCCGGGCCACCUCCGCCUCCAUGCCCAACACCACCCAUCUGGAGGUGCCUGACAGUGCAAAGAGACGUAGGACUGUCUCCACCUCCUCGUCAAUGUCCCCUCAGACCCAUGUGUUCCAGCUGGACUGCGCUGGGCCUCCCAGAUUCAACAGGAAGAAGCGCUCAUCUGCCUCCAUAAGCUCCGACAGCACGGAGCUGUCUCUGCCUCCGCCGUCUCGGGACUUCGAGGCCCUGCACGACAAGAUCCUGAAGAAGGUGAUCGACAAAGACAAGCACUUGGAACCAGGGUUGGUCAAGAUGGAGAAGAAGGUGAAACUGGAGGGGAAAUGCCUGAUUGGGAAGAAGAAAGACAAGGACAAAGAGCGGAGGGACAGAAAAGACAAGGACCCCUUUAAAAUCAAACAGAAGAAGAAAAAGAAGAAGAAAAAAUCGAAGCAGCACUGUUAUUCUGACUACGAUAACGUGACCCUGUCGUUUCUGGAGCGUUCUCAGUCGUCUCCUCUCCAUCGCGCGUCCGCCUUCACCUUCCUCCCCUCCUCCUCUGCCACCUCCUCUUCCCAGCGCUAUCAGUACCCCCGGGCCAUACUCUCAGUCGACCUCACCGGAGAGAACCUGUCCGACAUUGACUUUCUGGAGGACUCUACGACGGAGAGCCUGCUACUGAGUGGAGAUGAGUACAACCAGGAGUUUGACUCCCUGACCAUGGAGGACUUCCAGGAGGAGGACGACGGCUCCCAGGAGAUCGUCCGCUGCAUCUGUGAGAUGGACGAGGAGAACGGCUUCAUGAUCCAGUGUGAGGAGUGCAUGUGUUGGCAGCACAGUGUCUGCAUGGGCCUCCUGGAGGACAGCAUCCCGGACCAGUACAUCUGUUACAUCUGCAGAGACCCCCCAGGUCAGAGGUGGAGCGCUAAGUAUCUCCACGACAGGGAGUGGCUGAACAAGGGUCACAUGUACGGCCUGUCCUUCGUCACCGAGAACUACUCCCAGCAGAACUCUGAGAAGAUCGUCUCCACCCAUCAGCUGUUGGCUGACGUCUUCAGUGUUAACAAGAUACUGAACGGUCUGCAGCUCAAGAUGGACAUCCUACAGAACAAACACAAUCCCAAUCUGCACUUCUGGGCCCGGUCCUGGGUGAACUCCGACGAGGACCAGCCUAUGGGGGGUCUUCCAGACUGCAUCCGCUUCACGGAUCACCUGGAUGACGUCUCUUUGGACAACCACAACUCGUCCAACCCAGACACGUACAUCACCAGCGAACACAGCUACCAGAAACCUCCUUGUCUGGGGCAGCUGGAUCACUGGUCGGCCGCAGACCGCGCUGCUCCAGACCUCCACGGCUCCACCAGGCCGGAGGGAGGCGCGGGGACGGAACCGCUGGGGGCUAACGUUAAUCAAGCCUCCGACUCGAUACAGUUUACCCCCAUGGAGGAGGAGAAGGAGACUGCCCUGGCUGUGUCCGGCUGCCUGAACGAGAGUGGCCCAGACGCUGUGGAACAUGCUAGGAAUUGCCUGCAGUGGCAGAUGAACCUUCUCACGCACAUCGAAGACGUUCAGAACCAGGUGGCCGGCAGGAUGGACCUUAUAGAGAAAGAGCUUGAUGUGUUGGAGAGCUGGCUGGACUUCACUGGGGAGUUGGAGCCUCCUGACCCACUGGCCCGACUGCCUCAGCUGAAACACCGGAUCAAGCAGCUCCUUACGGACCUGAGCAAGGUGCAGCAGAUGAGUGCCCUGUGUUCUGUCUGAGUCCCGCACCCCGGAUCUGGCCAGAACCUGUUGCGGUUUUGUGUGGUAGCUGCCCUAGGCGUCUGGCUGCGGUAUGGUUGAGGGUGCUGUUCCUCGGUCCCACCGAGCACACAGCCUAUUGGGGUCCCUGAACUGUCCGACGGGGUACCUCUGGGCUGAAUGUGGACUUGGGACCUCAGAUAAAUCGGAAGACAGAUGUGUGAAGGAAGACUUAAUCAAAAACUGAAAAAAAGUUGAGUCCAGUGGACUCGUGGUGGAAGAAAGACGAGUGUUUUAGUAACAGAAAAGUGGGAGUUGAAGACGUAGGACCUGUGGAUUAAAGGUGAAGGUUGACUAAGCUGUUGGCUGGAAAGGCCCUGGUCGGUUCGGUCACUUUAGCUAAGCAUCUCUGUUGAAUUCCGCGUCACGUUUAAUCUACGUCUUCAACAGUAGCCUUGUUGUUUUCUUAACCUGAUGGGAGAAAUGACCAUGGAUUCAAAAUACAUUCUAUGACACAGUUGCCAUUCAGGUCAGUUAAUGGAUGAAAUUACAACAUCAUGGGUCCAUUCCAAAUGGCUGGCUUUUAUUUUCACUGGGGCCCCUAGAGCUCUGGUGAACAGUAGUGCACUUUGCAGAGAACAGGGUGUCAUUGGAGACGCACGCCUGCCUUAGAAGCAGAGCCACCUCACCAAGGUGAACACUAGAUGAUAUUAAAGCCAUCUUACACCAGUCAUACCCUAUUUAAUUUUGUUCUGAGUGUGUUUUGAAAUGGCUUGUGAUGUUUUAAAUAUCACUGGGUUCCCCUUCACGCUAUAUACAGAUGAGUUGAUGAAAAAAAUAAUAUUUCCAGCUCUUAAGCUACAAGUUAAUUUCAGAUUUUUUUUGCCACCAAUUACCAACAGUAAACUGUAAACCGUUCUCUUUUGUGCCAAGUCAAAGUAUGACCCAACCCAUGUUUACAAUGUUGUCAUAAUCACAGAGUCAAUGGAAACAGGAGAAACUAUAAGGAUAUAUCUGAUGUAUGUAAUACGCCCGUCUACGCACAGACAGUCUCUUCAUCGCCACCGUGGAACGGCUUGAUGGCUGGGGCGACCCAAAUGGCUCCCUAUUCCUUACACUGAAAAUGGACUGGGGUGCCGUUCGGGACCCAUGCCGUCUUUGCAGUUCUGGCCCCAGUAUGGUUGCUAUGACGCACAGCGUGACAAUGUCUUCUAGGCGGACAUGUUUGAGUUACUCCACAGUAAGCUGAUUGCAAGCUCUCCAUGUGUCUAAAAAAAAAAAAACGAUGUAUGUAUAGUUUUUAUAACUGUAAAGACGGGGGAAAAUAUUAGGCAUAUAUGGACAAAAUAUACUUGAAGAAAAAUGCCUGUUUUAUUUAGCAUUUCUAUUAACCUGUAUAAAGUGUUUUAGAACUGCUAGGGUAUACAACGAAGUAGAUUUUUAUUGACAAAUACCAGCUGUACAUUAAGAGUUUAUUUAAGACUGUUCUUUAUGUGAUUUACUAAAUGUACAACUCCAUUAAAGAAGAUAUUCUGGCUAUUUACCCA